AUGAUGGCUCAGUCCAAGGCCAAUGGCUCACACUACGCACUGACUGCCAUCGGCCUGGGCAUGCUGGUCCUGGGAGUUGUCAUGGCUAUGUGGAACCUGGUGCCCGGGUUCAGUGCCACAGACAAGCCAACAGUCCAGGGGAACAAGACCGAGGUAGGCAGUGGCAUUCUCAAGAGCAAAACCUUCUCUGUGGCCUACGUGCUGGUCGGGGCUGGGGUGAUGCUACUGUUGCUCUCCAUCUGCCUGAGCAUCCGGGACAAGAGGAAGCAGAGGCAGAGUGAGGAGAUCGCACGGAUACAGCACCAGACGGGGACCAUGCCUCAUGCCCAAGAGGAAGACAGCCAGGAGGAGGAGGAAGAGGCCUCCUCGCGGUACUACGUCCCCAGCUAUGAGGAAGUGAUGAACACAAACUACUCCGAAGAGAGGGAAUUGGACCAGAACCCCAGGAUGAGCAUCUCCCUCCCUUCCUACGAGUCCUUGACAGGGCUCGACGAGACGAUGCCCACAACCACCCGGGCCGACGUGGAAACCGGACCAGGGAGUCCACCUGACAGACAGAACUCCAAGCUGUCCAAACGCCUGAAGCCUCUGAAAGUUCGGAGGAUUAAAUCUGAGAAGCUUCACCUCAAAGACUUUAGGAUCAACCUCCCAGACAAGAACAUACCUCCUCCCUCCAUCGAGCCCUUGACUCCCCCUCCCCAGUACGAUGAGGUCCACGAGAAAGCCCCUGAGACCCGACCCCCUGACUGA